AUGAGUUUGAAGGAGAAGUUUGAUGUAUUAAGGAACAGCAUUGCAGAGUGUGACCAGGCCCUUAGAAAACUGGAGCAGAGGUCGAAGAUCCUUACCCAGCAUGUGGAGACGUCUAUUCUGAUGGCAAAAUCCAGAGAAACAAAGAAGCAAGGAACAGGAGAGACGCCAUCUUGA